AUGGUUUACGAUGCCAAGCACAGCCCUUUAGCCAUGUUUCAGUGUGAUGCUGUGUUGUCCACCAUUUUAAACCCUAUGUGGUCCAAUUCCCAGGGAAUUUCAGGUACUGGUGGACUCAUAGGACCAGCAGGGGAAAGAGGAGAAAUGGUAAGUACAGCAAAUAUAAUGAGAUGAUGACAAUAAUAUGUCUAGGAAUGCAAAAUUCCGGUAACUUUCCCCCAAAUUCUCCGGUAUUCAAGAUAUCCUGGUUGGAGGAUUCCGGAUGUCCUGCUUAUUCCCUACUGAUUUGGGAAAGUUGCCGGAAUUCUGCAACACAAAAUAUGUAUGAUCUAGCAAUGUUUGAUGUGCUGUGUGUUAAACCACACUGUUUUUGGAACAUCACAGGGUAUGCUGGGACCUCCUGGUGUUCUUGGUCCUCCUGGACUGGAUGGGGAACAGGUUGGUAGAACACACUUCGAAUAGGAAGUCUAAUGUUUCAGGCAGGUGAGUUUUCUGACAGUUCUCUUCCAUUUCCUGUUUCCAGGGUACUCCUGGCCAAUCAGGGUUGGAGGGGCCACCAGGAACAAAAGGGGAACAGGUGACACAAUGAUGCCUCUACAAACACAUUGUUUAAAGAUAUAUUUCACUUCUCAAUACUUCUUCUUCUUCUACUUCACAUGUAUUCCAGGGGGACAUAGGGCCUUGUGGGAAGCUUGGUCCUCCAGGGCAGCCUGGAGAUCGAGGCCUACAGGGGCUCAAAGGGUUGCAAGGCUCUCAUGGACCAAUGGGAAAAGAGGUGAGCAUGCCUAUGUCAGUUGACAUCUACUGUACCUACCUGAACCAUCACCUGUAAAUUCUCACAUGUGCACCUAGUACAUAUCCCUUUACCCAUGCAUCAUACACACAACCAGACCAUACACUAUACUCUCAGUGUAACUCUUGAGAUGUCUCCUUUGGAUCUUAGGGUGAUGUUGGACCUACUGGCGAUGCCGGUGAUCCAGGUUCCAAAGGGGAGAAGGUAAACAAACAUUGACUUUCGUCACACAGUGAUUCACAUAUUUAUGGCAUCAAUGUGAAUGUGCUGUAUGUAUACUGCAUAUCUAUUCUAUUCAUAUCUAUUGCUUUGGACACAAAUUAUUGACAGGACCAUAGAGGUGUUGGGUAGUGGUUACAAAUAGGUUGAAAACUGGUUGAAAUUACAUCAUUACAAACAGGUUGAAAAUUUGUUGCAAUUACAUCAUUACAAACAGGUUGAAAUGUAGUUGAACUAACGUAAUUACAAACAGGUUGAAAUUACAUCAUGCUGAUGUCUGACUGACAUGGCUGUUAUUUGCAGGGUGAUGUGGGGCCUCUGGGGCCAACAGGGCGGGAGGGUCCAUGGGGGCCGCUGGGGGAGAAUGGGGAGAAGGGACCAAAAGGAGAAAAGGCCUACAUCGGACUUAUGGUGAGUGCUCAGAUGACAAUACCUAAUGAGCUGCACAUUCUAGCUUAUGUUCAACACACUUUAAAACCAUCAAACGGAAUCAACUGAAGUGAUUUGCAAUAUGAUUUUUGAGAUGUGGCUUUGGGUGAUCAAUUUGUUGACUGGUACUCCACCUCUGUGCUGUGUCCACCAGGGUCAGUCAGGAUUUAUGGGAGGAAUAGGACCUGCAGGCUUGUCAGGGCUACAGGUGAGUCAGGAAGCGAUAUUUAUGUCAAUUAUGUUUUUCUCUGACAAGUAUUGACCACUACCAGAUACUACUAUAUGUCACUCAUAGUUCUACGUUUCUUGUUGACAUUAACUCGCAUUGAUCAAUGUCCAAUGGGCAUAUAUAUAUUCCCAAUACAUUUGACUUCUCUACUCUGUUAGGCUGUUUCUCAAUUUAUCUUUCCUCGAUUCCUCACAUCCUCUUUUUUUGCUUCUUUCUCAAAACCGAUUGGAGAAGAAGACCUGAAGGGAGGGACCUUGAAUCUAGUCCUCCAAUAUGGUUGAGAAGGAGGCCAGGAGUUAGGAUGCGAGUAAUCGCAGGAAAGACGGUUGGACAUAGUGUUGUCAGGGUGACAGUGAUUCAUUGGUCUCUUCUGCUUCUUCUCAGGGUAUCAUGGGCCCCAGGGGGCCUCCAGGGCCAGAUGGACCUGAAGGAGAGAAGGUAAUGACUUGAUUCCCUGGCCUGUACAUCAAAUAGAGGAGCAAUUCAGGAUAGGGAAAUGCGAAAUGCUUCCACUACCCCAAAAAAUCAAAGCAAUUACUCCAGAGCAGAUCUGUAAUUCCAAUCUGCUUUCUCUGUCUCUCUCUUUCUCCAGGGGGAGUCUGGGACUAGCGGAGACAUCGGACCUCCUGGCAAAACAGGGCCUCUGGUAACAGUUGCUUCAUAACCUAAUUCUACAGUACUGAUACUGUAUGCAGGGUGAAUGGCAUUUGUCCUUUUGGUAAAUUUAAUGUUGUCUUGUUGUUGUAUUCUCAGGGGGUGGCUGGAGUCUCAGGGGUCAGAGGUGACCCAGGGAAGCCAGGAGCACAGGUCUGUAUCUUUUAGACAACCGUCUAGUCAAGUCAGCCAUAUUCCCAGUGAUUCCCCUACGAAUAGCAUUAUCCAUGUGCUGGUGUGGUGUCUAAUGCAGGGUCCAGUAGGGAAGGUUGGGCCUGAGGGAGACUUGGGCCAUAAAGGUGAGCUAGGACCAGACGGAGAGAAAGGGGAGCCAGGGGGACUAGGCGAGCCAGGAGAACAGGUGAGCCCAUUCAAUGUUGCUGUCAGUUUGGCCCUAAGGCCCCUAAAGCAACACAUCAGUUCUUGUGAAAUAGACAGUACCCCAUUUAACCCCAAUUCAAUGUCUGGCUUUAUUAUAAAUGUCAUUUUCAUAAUAUACAGUGGCUUGCGAAAGUAUUCACCCCCCUUGGCAUUUUUCCUAUUUUGUUGCCUUACAACCUGCAAUUAAAAUGGAUUUUUUGGGGGGGUUGUAUCAUUUGAUUUACACAACAUGCCUACCACUUUGAUGAUGCAAAAUAUUUUUUCUUGUGAAACAAGCAAGAAAUAAGACAAAAAAUAGAACGUGAGCGUGCAUAACUAUUCACCCCCCUCAAAGUCAAUACUUUGUAGACCCACCUUUUGCAGCAAUUACAGCUGCAAGUCUCUUGGGGUAUGUCUCUAUAAGCUUGACACAUCUAGCCACUGGGAUUUUUGCCCAUUCUUCAAGGCAAAACUGCUCCAGCUCCUUCAAGUUGGAUGGGUUCCGCUAGUGUACAGCAAUCUUUAAGUCAUACCACAGAUUCUCAAUUGGAUUUCUACAUUUUAUAUUUUAGUAGACGCUCUUAUCCAGAGCGACUUACAGUUAGUGAAUAGAUAUUUUUUAUUUUUUAUACUGGCCCCCCGUGGGAAUCGAACCCACAACCCUGGCGUUGCAAACACCAUGCUCUAUCAACUGAGCUACAUCCCUGCCGGCCAUUCCCUCCCCUACCCUGGACAACGCUGGGCCAAUUGUGCGCCGCCCAUGAGUCUCCCGGUCGCGGCCGGCUGCGACAGAGCCUGGAUUCGAACCAGGAUCUCUAGUGGCACAGUUAGCACUGCGAUGCAGUGCCUUAGACCACUGCGCCACUCAGGAGUAUGAUUGAGGUCUGGGCUUUGACUAGGCCAUUCCAAGACAUUUAAAUGUUUCCCCUUAAACCACUCAUGUCUUGUUUUAGCAGUAUGCUUAGGGUUAUUGACUUGCUGGAAGGUGAACCUCCGUCCCAGUCUCAAAUCUCUGGAAGACUGAAACAGGUUUCCCUGUAUUUAGCGCCAUCCAUCAUUCCUUCAAUUCUGACCAAUUUCCCAGUCCCUGCCGAUGAAAAACAUCCCCACAGCAUGAUGCUGCCACCACCAUGCUUCACUGUGGGGAUGGUGUUCUCGGGGUGAUGAGAGGUGUUGGGUUUGCACCAGACAUAGCGUUUUCCUUGAUGGCCAAAAAGCUCAAUUUUAGUCUCAUCUGACCAGAGUACCUUAUUCUAUAUGUUUGGGGAGUCUCCCACAUGGCUUUUGGCGAACACCAAACGUGUUUGCUUAUUUUUUUCUUUAAGAAAUUGCUUUUUUCUGGCCACUCUUCCGUAAAGCCCAGUUCUGUGGAGUGUACGGCUUAAAGUGGUCUGAUGGACAGAUACUCCAAUCUCCGCUGUGGAGCUUUGCAGCUCCUUCAGUGUUAUCUUUGGUGUCUUUGUUGCCUCUGAUUAAUGCCCUCCUUGCCUGGGCCGUGAGUUUUGGUGGACGGCCCACUCUUGGCAGGUUUGUUGUGGUGCCAUAUUCUUUCAAUUUUUUAAUAAUGGAUUUAAUGGUGCUCCGUGGGAUGUUAAAAGUUUCUGAUAUUUUUUAAAAACCCAUCCCUGAUCUGUUUGGAGAGCUCCUUGGUCUUCAUGGUGCCGCUUGCUUGGUGGUGCCCCUUGCUUAGUGGUGUUGCAGACUCUGGGGCCUUUCAGAACUGGUGUAUAUAUAUAUAUAUAUACUGAGAUCAUGUGACACUUAGAUUGCACACAGUUGGACUUUAUUUAACUAAUUAUGUGACUUCUGAAGGUAAUUGGUUGCACCAGAUCUUAUUUAGGGUCUUCAAAGCAAAGGGGGUGAAUACACAUGCAUGCACCACUUUUCCAUUAUUAAUUUUUUAGAAUUUUUUGGAAUAAGUUAUUUUUUUAAUUUCACUUCACCAAUUUGGACUAUUUUGUGUAUGUCCAUUACAUGAAAUCCAAAUAAAAAUCCAUUUAAAUUACAGGUAGUAAUGCAACAAAAUAGGAAAAACGCCAAAGGGGAUGAAUACUUUUGCAAGGCACUGUACUGUACCAUGCAAUAAAUCAGAAAUAGAUAAGUCUACAAGGUAUUUGAUUUUGUAUUGGUCUCUCUAGGGGCUUGACGGUCUGCCAGGAAUCAGAGGGCCACCAGCACUUCCUGGUUUAGAGGUAAAGAGCAGUAACAUCUUAGCCUGGUCCCAGAUCUGUUUGUGCACCUGCCAACUCCAUUGCUCAUUGUUAAGUCAAACAUGUCUGGCACUCAGGCUAAAAUCUUUCCUCAAGACAUAUCUACCAUUAAAUCCAUAUUCUCUUUUCCUCUUUGCUUCGGCUUCAUUCUUCCUUGUUUGUUGUUGUCUCCUCUCCCACCACAGGGGCCACAGGGUGAGGUGGGAGCCCAGGGGCCAGAAGGUCCCCCAGGGGUGCUGGUGAGUACACAGACACAGGGGUGGGGCACAGGGUUGCGAUGGAUGAUGUAACUGAAUUAGGCUCCUAUAGGAGCGGGUUUCCCUCUGGGUUUGUUGUUUAGCCUAUAAUGAUGACCUCAAGCAGUGUCAAAUGGGCAUCUUAAGUAUUGAUGUAAAACUAACACCACUACCAGAAGGUCACCUGUAUUUUCUACCUGAUAAGCUUUCUCUGACAUCUUGGAUGUUUCUUAAAGUCAUUCUAUUAUGUUGCAUGUUGCAGGGUGUCAGGGGAAGCCAUGGAGCUGAGGGACAACAGGGAGUGAAAGGAGAGAAGGUGAGAUCAAGAUGCUCCGUCUCUCUAUUAUCCUUUUCUCAUUCCUUCUCCUCUUUGUUCUGGGAAACCCAACCUCAGGUCUGGCACUGCAUUCAACUCACAUCUCUGGGGCACUUGUGCACACAGAGGCUAGAUGAUAUCCUCCUGUUUGUUGAUGCUGUGUUUUCUCAACAGGGAGAUGAUGGCAGAGAUGGAUCACCUGGAAAGACAGGUCACAUCGGAAGGAGGGUGAGGGCUACCUCCUUCAAUCCAUUCAAUUUCAGUGUGAAUAAAAGGGGAUGUAUUCUAGGAAAAUAGAUUAUUCAGGUUCAUGAAUGAAAGAUGAGGAAUGCACUCAAAAGUAGUGCACCAUAAAGGGAAUAGGGUGUCAUUUGGGACACGACCGAGAUGUGUCAGUGUGUUUUACCAUGUGUUUUACCCUUGCCUCAUUCACCAACAUUGUAAACAUCCACAGGGGAAAAGAGGCAAGGCUGGAAUCAGGGGCACAAGAGGAGAGAGAGGACCAAAGGUCAGAGGUUGGGUGAUGUGAAGGGUUACACAUGCACACACACACACACACCCACACUCCAAUCUCUUAACCAUGCUAUAUACUAUACAUAUCAUGGUGUGCACGAACGUUGUGUCCUGUCAUUCCUAUAGGGAAAGAGGGGAAAUGUGGGAUUGACUGGUCCUCCAGGAUGGGCCGGGUCUAUAGUAAGUUCAACAGAUUUAUACUGUCUCAUCAAUUAGGACUGUCGUCAUCCACUCUGUUUCACCAUUUCAUAAUUCAAUCCCAGGCAGGGAUAGUCUUUGAUGUACUUCCCUGUAAACUGUAUUAUUUUAUUAGAGAUAAAAGGACGUUGAAAGCAAUGCAUUUUUACAUGAUUUAUACAUAACUGAUGGAUGUCUUUUCUCUCUCAGGGAAUCCCAGGCUUGCGAGGAGACAGAGGGGAUCAGGGUGAAAAGGGGAGCGAGGUAUGAAUAGAUCAUGUUGAAUUAUUGAUACUAGUGAAUCAGAGAGAGUUGCAUUGUGAAGACUUAUUUACCCUAUAUGUUCCUCCCCACAGGGAGAGAAGGGGGACAUGGGGCCGCUCGGUCCGCCAGGGGGUGAUGGCCUAAAGGUACGUUUUGAGUGAAAAACGUCUGGUAUUCAUAAAGCGUCUCAGAGUAGGAGUGCUGAUCUAGGAUCAGGUCCCCCUGUCCAUUAACUACAAUCUAGAAUGCAAAACUGAUCCUAGAUCAGCACUCCUACUCUGAGCCACAACAAACAAGCCUUGGUGUCAGUUUUAACGCCACAGUAGCAUCCUAAUCCCAUAUUAUUAUUAUUAUUAUUAUUAUUAUUAUUAUUAUUAUUAUUAUUAUAGAAAAACAACAUACGGACAGGUUUGGCAGCAUUCCAGAAAUAUGACGUUGCCUAAAAUACUGUGCUGUAAGUAGGAGAUGGGCUGUGACAGACUGACUAACUGUAUGUUUUACAGGGUAGGCAGGGUCCUGUUGGGGUGCCAGGACAGACAGGCCCAAAGGGAGACCAGGUAAAACAACACUAUCUCAACACACCCUUCCUUUCCAACCAUCUAUAGCAAGGACUCUCUAUGAUAGCACCAUAGCCACUAGUGACAAUUGCCAAAAGCCAUGAAGCUCAUUGAAUCAAUAGUGAUCUAUCUGAGUUUUUCUGCUUUCUAACUUUUCAUUAAUGUUUCAUUAUCUAUUAUUUCCCACCAGGGGAAUAUUGGACCAUCCGGGCCAAGAGGAACUCCUGGGAUGCCAGGACUACCUGUAAGUAACCCUUCCUGGUUCAUCUCAGAAAUAUCUUCCCAAGCCCUUUCAAUCCUCCCAAAUGGCUCCCCAUUACUUAAGUAAUGCACUACUUUUGACCAGGGCCCAUAGGGUACUGCACUAUAUAUGGAAUCUGUGUGCCAUUUGGGGCACAGCCAAAGUAAAAUCCUAGUUCUUGCAAGAACAAACGAGCACUAGACCACUAAGUCAAUUUUUCAGCCACGUAGCUUAACAACCUCUCUGUCUAUUAACCAUCAAGACAAAGACUAUGUGAAUGCUUAAAAAUAAGUUAUCAUGAUUAUGAUCAUGUCUAUAAUUCCUUUUAAAUUGCAGACUGUCUUAUAUAAGUCAAUUUCUUUAUCAUCACCAGACUGUCCUUCCAUUCUGCCAUUCUCUCAGGGUUAAGCUGUAGAUUAUUACUCUGUUCAAUUCGCCAUUGCCUCGGCUCUUAAAAGCAGUGAAGCUGCAGCUAAUGUGAUCAUAAUGCAGUGAGUCAAGGCAUUGCAAGGUUGCAACAUCUGUGCAGAGCGGUGUGCUUCAGAACUGAGAGUCAAACUCAUCUCCUUUUUAUUCUCGCCAUCUGUAGGGUUUGUUUGGAGAAAAGGUAUGAUAUAACAAAUUAUUUUCUUGUUUUUUUUUCUCCACAUUUCUAAACCAAACCCCAUGUAAAUGUAAAUGUAAAAAAUGUAAAUGUAAUGUAGAGUUGCAUGUUAGCUUUUUCUCACAGUCUCUAGAUUGAAAGCAAACAUUCACAACCACAUAUGUCAUCACAAUGGAAAAUACAGAGGGGAAAGUAAUGGGAUAGUACUACAGUGUGCAUUUCCUUAUCUAACUACAUUUGAAUAUGGCAUAGCAAGUAUGGAAUGGUAGAAAUCCACUCUCAUCUCACUAUAUGGUCUGUAUUUCCAUAGGGUUUGAAAGGCUUUGAGGGAUUUCCUGGGCAACCUGGGAAGAAGGGCCUGCCGGUAAGUGGCACUGAUUUCAUACGCAUUGGUCCAUAGUAAAUGUCGUCAAAUGCUGAAGAUUGACCUCAGAGACAAAAAAACAUUGCAUCCAUCACACAGUAAUCUCCCACUUAGGGUCACACAAUUCUGAUUAUGUUCCCGAAAUUCCCAGAUUUUCUAGAAAUACUUGUUGGAGGAUUCCCGGAUUUCCUGCUUAUUCCCACCUGAUCCGAGGAAUAUUCCAACAGGGAUUUCUGGAAAACCUGGGUAUUUUGAGAAAGUUAGUGGAGUUUUACAACCCUAGUCCCACUCUUUUCUGUUGCGUUCGUUUCAGGGCGCACCUGGACUCCCAGGACAUCCAGGUCCUUCAGUGAAUAUGAACCUUACUCAACUCAAGGCAAGUCAUUCAUCUUCGGCAAGUAGGUCUGUGUCCCAAAUGGCACCCUAUUCCUUACAUAGUACCCUACUUUUGGGACUCAGAUUAGAUAAGCCAUUAGAUGAAGUGGUGAAAGGAAUAACUCCAUAAUUAUCAUUCUCAUCACCAUUGUAGGACCUGAUGUACCUGUCAGACAAGCCCAACUACCCCCUGAUCCAGACCCUGCUGGACUCUCUGCACCAGGACCUGAGGCUGCUGGUGGACCCCCCUGACGGCAGCAAGGAGCACCCUGCCACCACCUGCAUGGAGCUGUGGCUCUGCCAUCCCGAUUACACCAGUGGUCAGAAACCCUCUGUCUAUACCUGCAUUGUAUAUCUAUGACCCAAAGCCCAUUGUGCUGCUUUAAAGGCUCAUUAGAAUGGCCACAGCAUCCUAAUCCCAUGGCUCCCAAGUUGUCAAAGCAAAUUAGAAGCACAGUAGAUAAAGACAAUGUUAUCUAUUGUAUGGCUAGUUCUCAAAGGAAGAUCUCUUAGCUCUUUAGGAGUGUCCUUGCACAUCAUAGCGUAUAACAACUAGUGAAUAUACAUGAAUGUUACAGGACAGGAUGAGGAUACACUGAGGUUCUGGUUGCUGUCUGUCUGUACAGGGAUGUAUUACAUUGAUCCUAACCAGGGCAGCCCUGCUGAUGCUCUCCUGGCCUACUGCAACUUCUCUGGCACAGCUGCACACACUUGCCUUCACCCCAGAGAUGCCCAGGUAGACAAUAACAUCAUCAGUACUCCCCAUAUCACACCUCUCACCCUCACACCUCUCUAUCAAACCCACAGUGGAAAUAAUCCUGCAAUACCAAAUGGCUACAGAAUAAUAACCCAGUCAAAACUGUUCGCUGCUCUGGCACCCCAAUGGUGGAACAAGCUCCCUCACGACGCCAGGACAGCGGAGUCACUCACCACCUUCCGGAGACAUUUGAAACCCCACCUCUUUAAGGAAUACCUGGGAUAGGCUAAAGUAUUCCUUCUAACCCCCCCCCCCCCCCCCCCCCCCCCCCCCCCCCCCAAAUUGUAAAGUGGUUAUCCCACUGGCUAUAGGGUGAACGCACCAAUUUGUGAGUCGCUCUGGCUAAGAGCGUCUGCUAAAUGACGUUAAUGUGCCCUUGAGCAAGGCACUUAACCCUAAUUGCUCCUGUAAGUCGCUCUGGUUAAGAGCGUCUGCUAAAUGACUAAAAUGUAAAUGUAAAUGUAAUGAGAUGCUGUCUGGACAAGCAGAGAAUAAAUCCAUUUUUAACAGGAAUCCAAUUUAUUUGUUUGUUUUUUAUGCCUUUGAGCUAAAUGCCAAUAUCAAGAACAGAGACUGUCAACAGACACAUUUUUAAAUAUGCCUCCAGAUUUCAGUGUUAACUUUUUAGAAUUCAUGCCAUCAAGCAGUGUGUGUCUGACAAUUUGAGCAGGUCCUGCAAGCUAAUGUCCACAAUCAUAUUCAUACUUAAUACCCAUACUCAUAAUACAUAAUCAUAUUGGUUUCUACCUGAAGAUGCCCAUGAAGGCCUGGCUUAAGGAUUCAGAGACAAACAGCUCGUUCCAAUGGCUCAGCAAGCAGGAACAAGGAUUUCAGGUUGACUGUUUUCUCUAUUUCUCCUCUGAAAUACAGUGGGGAAAAAAAGUAUUUAGUCAGCCACCAAUUGUGCAUGUUCUCCCACUUAAAAAGAUGAGAGAGGCCUGUAAUUUUCAUCAUAGGUACACGUCAACAAUGACAGAUAAAAUGAGAAAAAUAAAUCCAGAAAAUCACAUUGUAGGAUUUUUAAUGAAUUUAUUUGCAAAUUAUGGUGGAAAAUAGGUAUUUGGUCACCUACAAACAAGCAAGAUUUCUGGCUCUCACAGACCUGUAACUUCUUAUUUAAGAGGCUCCUCUGUCCUCCACUCGUUACCUGUAUUAAUGGCACCUGUUUGAACUUGUUAUCAGUAUAAAAGACACCUGUCCACAACCUGGACAGGUUGACUGAAUCUGCAAUAGGUAAGCAGCUUGGUUUGAAGAAAUCAACUGUGGGAGCAAUUAUUAGGAAAUGGAAGACAUACAAGACCACUGAUAAUCUCCCUCGAUCUGGGGCUCCACGCAAGAUCUCACCCCGUGGGGUCAAAAUGAUCACAAGAACGGUGAGCAAAAAUCCCAGAACCACACGGGGGGACCUAGUGAAUGACCUGCAGAGAGCUGGGACCAAAGUAACAAAGCCUACCAUCAGUAACACACUACGCCACCAGGGACUCAAAUCCUGCAGUGCCAGACGUGUCCCCCUGCUUAAGCCAGUACAUGUCCAGGCCCGUCUGAAGUUUGAUAGAGUGCAUUUGGAUGAUCCAGAAGAGGAUUGGGAAAAUGUCAUAUGGUCAGAUGAAACCAAAAUAGAACUUUUUGGUAAAAACUCAACUCGUCGUGUUUGGAGGACAAAGAAUGCUGAGUUGCAUCCAAAGAACACCAUACCUACUGUGAAGCAUGGGGGUGGAAACAUCAUGCUUUGGGGCUGUUUUUCUGCAAAGGGACCAGGACAACUGAUCCGUGUAAAGGAAAGAAUGAAUGGGGCCAUGUAUCGUGAGAUUUUGAGUGAAAACCUCCUUCCAUCAGCAAGGGCAUUGAAGAUGAAACGUGGCUGGGUCUUUCAGCAUGAAAAUGAUCCCAAAAACACCGCCCGGGCAACGAAGGAGUGGCUUCGUAAGAAGCAUUUCAAGGUCCUGGAGUGACCUAGCCAGUCUCCAGAUCUCAACCCCAUAGAAAAUCUUUGGAGGGAGUUGAAAGUCUGUGUUGCCCAGCGACAGCCCCAAAACAUCACUGCUCUAGAGGAGAUCUGCAUGGAGGAAUGGGCCAAAAUACCAGCAACAGUGUGUGAAAACCUUGUGAAGACUUACAGAAAACGUUUGACCUGUGUCAUUGCCAACAAAGGGUAUAUAACAAAGUAUUGAGAAACUUUUGUUAUUGACCAAAUACUUAUUUUCCACCAUAAUUUGCAAAUAAAUUCAUUAAAAAUCCUACAAUGUGAUUUUCUGGAUAUUUUUUUCUCAUUUUGUCUGUCAUAGUUGACGUGUACCUAUGAUGAAAAUGACAGGCCUCUCUCAUCUUUUUAAGUGGGAGAACUUGCACAAUUGGUGGCUGAAUAAAUACUUUUUUCCCCCACUGUAUACCCUCUUUCUCUAGUGUCAACUAUUCUAUUUAUAGUAACGGAAAGCUAAUCGAAUUGUAACUGCAUCAAUUGAGUGUAUUACAUUUGUACUGAUGUCUCUCAUAGCAGAGUUAAAAAGCAUAAUAUCCCCCUUUCUGCUGUCCACUGGCAGUUCUAUUAUCCAGGGGCCAAUGUGGUCCAGAUGCGCUUCCUGAGGUUGCAGAGUUGGAGAGCUGUGCAGAAGAUCACCUACACCUGCCACCCGGGACACAGACUGGGCCACACAGACAGAGAGGUCAAGUUCCUGACAGACACAAGGAGACAGAGUUACUUAGGAGCACUUAAAGACUGCAUGGUAAGUUUUUUUGAAAUAUAAUUUGACUGUAAGUAUUUCACUUACAAGGGUUUUAGAGUUAUGCACUUCUUGCUAAGAGUGACAAUGGGAUAUCACCAGAGAGAUAAAGUAUGAGAAAUAGGAUUUAAAAAAAAAAAAUGUCAUGAUUGCUGAUGUUUAUUAUUGGCCAACUGCAUAAUUGUUGUUUCUGUGUUUUUGCUGUGGCAGCCGGGAGAAGAGGUGGACCCGCUGGAGCCGCGGGAGUCUGUGUUUGAGUUUGAGGACCUCAAUCUGCUUCCUGUGAGAGAUGUGGCUGUGUUCGGGGGCGGAAUUGUCGCACGCAAGUUUGGCUUCACCAUCGGGCCC